GUGGCUCAGUAACUUAUGCUGUGCAUUUUAUUAAACAUAAAAUAAAGUUUAAUUUUUACAAAUACAUAAUGCAAAGAUGAUUGUAUUGAAAGUAGUUUUAUUUAUCACAAUUUUUGCGACUUUCGAAUGUAGGUUACCUGAGAAGGUGUUCUGUGCCAAUGAACUAUGCGACGCCCCCAUCUCUAAAGCAAAGACACUUCUAAACUAUAACAGUCCUGAUAAUUACCUUAUUUCGUUCAAGAGUAAUUCAGAAGCAGUCAUUUUCAUGAAAUCAGCAGGAAUUAACAGGGAUUUAUGGUAUGCAAAAAUCAAUGGAGUUUCUGGUUUUGUAAGCUCUAAGUUUUUACGGGAAAAUAAAGUAUUUACUCGAGAAUUAGUAGAGCUACCACUACCACCAAUACCUGAGAAGACAAAUGUUACACCUAAUAAGGUGUUGCAACCACAUGAGGUAUUUGAAGGUACUACAAUCUAUACAACUGAGUCAUCUGACUCUUCUGCUAACAUUGAAAGUGCCACAACUUCUCAACCUCUCCAGUCCUCUCCAGAAACUCCAGCAUUGAGUGCUGAUAUAAAUAUUUCAGACAAUCUAAAUAUUGGAGAUUCUAAAAGUUCUGCUAUACCAAAUAAUAUAGAAGCAGCAUUAAAUGAGUUAGCUACAGAAUCCAAGCCAAUAUCCAAGGAAAUUUUAAAUGAACCAAUGGAUUCUAUGGAGAAUGAUGAUGAAGUUGACAUCUCAACUGAUGAUAAUAGUGAAGAAGAUUAUAAUGAUGAUAAAAUUGAGUCUGAUGCUACUUUAUUAAAUACAAGCCCUGAACCUAUACUACCUCCUAAAGACAAAAAUAUCCAUACUGAUAAAUUAUUACUUGAAACUAGUAAGGAAAACAAUUUAGCUGUAGAGAAAAACAAUGUAUUGGAACAAAAUUUGCCACAAAGUGUAACUCAAUUAAUAGUAGAUGAUAAUAUGGAGGGUAAUACAUCAGUCAAAACAGAAAAAAAAGUAGAAGAGCCAAAGAAUAUUGAAAAUGUAGUUGUCACUCAGGCCUCAAAACCAGCUAAUAUAAACAAUCAAAAUGUAGUAGUUAUAGAUAAAGAAACAAUACAAACUCCAGCAACAAACAACAUUAAAGAGAAGGAAGUCAGUCAAAAUAUUAAUAAUUUAGGUAGUCACUCUUCCGUAGAGCAUGUAGAACAAUUAAAAGAUUCUAAUAACAUGAGUGAGGAUAAUAAUAUUAAAAUUUCAAGUAGUCCUCCUCAAGAACCUGUAGACAUAAAGACAGAAACAGAAACUACUCCUGUUACUACAUCUGAAUCCUCUAUGAUAAAUACAGAAAGUGAGCAAAGCUCAAGCCCACAAACAAUACCUGCAGCUGACAUAAGUUUGCUUUUAAAAGAAAUGCAUAGUCACGAUACCGGAAAAGAAGAAACACCUCAACAAAUAGAGCCUGUUGAACAUUAUGUCACCACCCAACCAGAAAUUUCUUCUGUGGUACCUGAAGCAAUAACAGAAAGCCCUAUAAUAGAGUCCACAACUGAAUCUAUUACUGAAAGUUAUGUUACACAGUCUAUGGAAGAAAGUUCUAUUCCUGUUACCAACUCGUACCUCACUAUGUCAACAGAAGAUAUAAUAGAAGAAGUAUUUAAUACCCCAACAACAGAAAGUACUCCACCUGAAGAAAAUACUGAAGGGUUUUUAUCAAGCAUUUAUACAACAAUAGCUGAUAUGAUACCACCCACAACAGAGGGACCACCUUCAGAAAAUAUAUUCAAUCCUAAAUAUGUACAGGAGGAUUCCAUAAGAGAACCUACUGAAAGCUCUUAUGUCAUGACUUAUUUACUUUCUAUUUAUAAAUCGGUGAUGGGCAUUGAGGAAAGUGCUCCUCACUAUCCUCCCGUUGCACAAUCCUGUUUCACUGAUGAGUACUGUGACGGAGAAUCACACGGACAAAGAAAUCGCUUACUUACUUUCCUGUUGACAACUGCAUCUUCCGUCCUUCUAUUCAUAUUAGGAUAUUACUACAUCGACAAUAAAAGGCAAGACAGCAAAUUUAUUGGAAAAAUUAAUAAACUACAGAGAGAAUUACUAUUUGCUUCUAAGGAGUGUGAGAUCCUUAAGGAGGAACUUACAACUACAAAGAAUAAAUUGAGCUCAAUUGAAGACAGUUCAUUUGGCAUGGAUGAUAUGGUGCAGUCAUUGAAAGAUGAGAUCAAUGAAAUGAAAGCACAAAACGACAGACUACGGAACUCUUUAGAUGACAAUGAGAAAUUGUUGAGAGUAUCUGAGAAUACUGCAGGAGAAUUGCAAAAUACACUGAGUGAGGUUGAGAAUACUCUCAGUGAACUCUUGGUAGAAAGAAACAACUCUGAAGAGCAUAUUGCAGAAUUGAAUGGGAAGAUACAAGCUUUUGAAGAGGAACUCAUUGCAAUAAGUAGAGAUAGAGAUAAUUAUCAAUUGAAGUAUGCAUCUGCCGAAAACGCUUUGGAGGAAUUCAAAAAACAAAAGAAACGACUUGAAGAAGUAAAUCAAAAACUUUCACAGUCAAAUAAUAGGAUAGAACUGCAGAGGCAUGAGAUUAUCGCUCUUAAGGACACAAUAAAGGAACUGAAGGGUGGUGGUUCUGCAAAUGUAGAUGUUAACUCACUUAUCGAUCAUACAGAAAUAAAAGCGAAACUUGCUAAAGCAUUAGAAGAAAAUGCAACGAUAACGGCUAAAUAUGAUGUGGAGCUUAAAGAGAGAUGUAGAUUGGCAGAAGAAUUGAAGACCAUCCAGGAGUCAUACAAGACCUCUAGCCAACAAGCAGCUGAAGCCCUCACUAGGUUGGAAGUACUUGAGAAAUACUUCCAAGAGCGUGAAAGUGAACUGCUUAAGGAACUGAGUAGUAAGGAGGCACUUUGGCUGAGCAAGCAGGGAGAGUCUGCAAGCACAGUAGAGAAGAUUGAACUGAUGCAGAAAGAGGUGCAGAGAUACAAAGAGAAGUGCGAUGCGCUAACGCUAGAGUUGGCUGAACAAGAAUCGGCUCGUCGGACGGCCAUAAGUGAGAUUGAAAGUCGCGCUCACGCGGCGUGGCUCGAAGCGAGGCAAGCGAAGCGAGAGGCCGACGCGGCCAAGGACGAGGCGGCCACGCUCCGGCGGAAACUAGCCGCAAUGCAUCAAGCCGACGGCGCUUCGUCGCCCAAUAGACAUGUGUCAUCGCCGCUUGACACCAGUGAUAUCCCGGCGCCGCUUCCGCCGCCGCUGGCGUUCCUUCCGCCGCCACUGCUUCCGCCGCUUCCCAGGCCGCCACCGCUGGGUCGACUGCCAUCGCCACACGGGCCUAGGUUGAGCCGCCGUUAUUCACCGGAGAGUCGGUACUCACCGGAAAGCCGGUACUCGCCGGAGACAGUGCGGUAUUCGCCGGACCGCCGGUAUUCACCUAGGAACCGGCGGUCCACGUAUUCGCCACGCUCGAGGAGACGCUCAGUAGAAAGAUAUGACGGAAGAGGUUCCCACUCACGAAACGGACCCGCUCACGCCGAAACAGAGACGGAAUACAACUCUGAUUCUCCUACGAGACGACCCCGGAGAAGAUACUCCAGAAAUUCAGGUGCUAGUUCCGGAUCGGGAUGUUCCUCAGAGUCUGAAAAGUGAAAUAAUCGGCCAAAUAAUUGUUGUUAAUAUUCGCAGUAGUGUAACAGCCGCUGUAUCGAUAGUGCAGUCUCCACUAGAAUCUAGACGUAGGUAUUAUUGAUAAAUAAAGCUGCAAGAAACCUAAUGUGCCUACUUAUAUCUUACACACAGAACCUCCAAUAGAUAAUGUAUUGAAACAUUCGAACUAGACUUCUGAAAGAAAAGCAAUAUAUUGUGUAUUACAUGUUAGAUAGUAUGUCUGUAUAAUGAAUUACGAUUUAAUAUAUUAAUAAUUGUUAUUUAAAAGCUUAUUGUAUUAUUGAAUUUGAGGCAUUUUGAGCAAAUUUUAGUGUAUAAAUAUCUCCAUCAUAUAAAUAGAGGGUAAAUAGUUCUUGACAUUUAAAUUUAUUAGAUACCAACGCAACCUUUGUUACAACGCACUGUCAAUAUGGGCACAGUUAUUGCAUCUUAAAUCUCAUCCUGACGAAUGCUGAGUGAUUAUUUGUGGCUCAUAACAUAUUGUCACUGUUAAAGAUAAAUUAUUCUAUGCCCUAUAAAAAUGCAGCGUCACUUUGUAAAUGUCAUCAUAAAACCCAUGCAUAAGUGCGAGCAGUUGCAAGAUAUCGGCAAUACUAUUCACUCUCUUUUCAACUUGUAAAGCUAUAUACGUUGGCGGAUAGUAUAGCUUACUUUAUAACGUCAUAGAUUAAUUUGUAAAAUAUAAUCUUUGUAUAAAUAUUAUAUUUAUAAUAUACGUUCAAUAACUUCGUUAUUGCUUCCAUAAAAUACGUUCGUUCUAAAAUAAUUUAGAUAACUUGUCGCAAACAAUGUUGUUUAUAUAAAUAAUUGUUAUCUCGUUGAAUGAUAUGCAAACACCGGCUGUUUGUAAGACGAUAACUUUUUAACAAAUAUGAUACUCGGUUAUUUAUUUCUAUGUUACAGUCAGAACUAGUUUUCUAGUAAAAACGCGAUUCUGAUAGUUACUAGAUGUUGAGAUGAAAUUGUCGUAUACUAGAAUUCAGUAUCAUUACAUGUCAGACUUAUCUGAGAUAAUUUUUAACAACCUAAAGUUAAUUUUGUGUGGCUAGUCUUACCACCUUAACUAUUCAAAGUAAUUAAUCAAGGCAUUGGAGAAAGUCUUCGGCGGCCAAAGGUCUGGCCGGUACGUGGCCACACCAAUGUAUGAUGUGUGCGGCCAUCUCUUCUGCCUCUAUGCAAUCCCUUCACUGAUUUUGCCCUUUCCCUGUUGUCACGUGAUUUAUUUAAAGUAACCUUGGGCGUGUGAGUCUCACCAAUUGUACAUUGGAACCUACAGUCUAUACAAGGUGUUUUUCGCCUGUUUACAUCCAUCCCCUCCAUCCAGUUUUUAUCAUGGACCUCCUUGGUUUGUGACCGCAACAACAGAAUUUUGAAUAUCCGUCCAAAUUGUGUGACCCUAACUUCUAGGAACGUAAGCUGUUGAGACGGUCAUUGAAAGGUCAAUGAACUAAAUUUUCUUUGACCUUUUAACCUUCUUGAACAUUCGGUUGAAGGUCAGAUACCUAACUACGAGUAACGGUGAUGAUUCUUUUGUGUGUGUUACUUGUCUGAACAGUUUAUUAUUUUUAAAGUGAUAUGCCACACUUCUGGGAUUAAUUGCACAAAUUAAAUUUGUAAUCAAAAUUUAUGAACGAUGCGGGACUCGAACCCACAACCUCCGGGAUCCGCCCGAGUGCUCUUACCAACUGCGCCAAACGUUCCAAACACGAAUGGUUCGUAAAUCUUUGAUAUCUCUUUAUUCAACUCUCAGGUUGUGGCUACAGGAUCUACUUAACAGUUGAUAACCUGCUCAACCUCAGUUGGUAAGAGUGCUCGGACGAAACCCUAGAGGUUGUGGGUUCGAGUCCCGCAUCGUUCAUAAAUUUUGGUUACAAAUUUAUUUGUGUUACUUGUAAUACCAAUCACGCGAUUUAACUUAAAACGUGUCUUGUCUGUAGCACCUAUACUGAGUAUCUAAGCUAGUCAUUAUCGAGACCACCCACUUAACUUAUUAAAACAUUAUUUUAAGUUUGAGCACAGUGAACAGUUAAAUUGAUUGAAAAUCUAUAAUAAAAAAUAUUAUUAAAAAAUUGUGAAUUUUAUUUCGAUGUAUAAUUUUGAAUAAAGUAUUUUUCAAACAAUUAAAACUCGUCGUAUUAUAACUGAGCUAAGUCGUUAAGUACCUAUUUUUGAAAAAGUUUCAUUAAUUCAUUCCAAUAUUUCGCUAGCAAGCCUCUAGUAAGCGUGAUCAGUCACUCGUGUAUUUUAUUUUGUUGUAAUGAAAUUCUAUAGAUAUUUACUUUUCGCUAUCGUUGUUUGAGCGGCAUUCUUUCGUAAUGGAUAUGGUUUUUUCUACUGUAACAUUGUUCCUGAUUUGUCGGGUGGUAGGGAUGUAUGUAAAAUAAAGGGGGCAACAAACCGUGGCUCGGUAUUGUAUCAAUUUUGCGAUACGAUGCACAACCCUAGCGUUUUUUUUACUGUUUAUGUUUUUUCUUUUUCAAAUUAAUUCAAACUUUCAGCUGAUAAAUUAUAAUUAGAUAGUCAGAGUUGUCAUCUGCAUAGAAUUGAGCCCAAUUUGUUGCGUCUCCUAUCGAUAUAAGAAUAUAAAUAGUGAACUGAAAAUGAGUCUUUGUGUAAAUUUUUAAUUAGUAUUGGCUAUAAAUUAUGGUUUUUAUCAAAUAAAUUAAUGUUCAUAUUUUGUUAUAUUAACCUACUGUAAUAAUGAUAUUGUCAACAAUGUUAGAACGGAAUAGAGUGAAAUUUCCUGUUUCAUGAAAUCAUUUGUAUGUUUUAUAAUUAUUUAUUUGUACUUAUUUUGAUUGUUUGCCUCAUACAUACACUCAAAAAUUAAUUUAUUACAAUUGUUUAUUUAAAAGGACAUUGAUUUUAUUAGAAAACGAAUUUAAAUAAAAUUUUAUUUAAAA